GGGUCAACUGUCUUUACCCCCUCCUUUCUUAAUUUAUCUGCACUCACUGCUCCCGCUCAUUCUUUGCUCACUUUGCUUUGUGGUUUGGACCACAAUUUACUCAUUUUGUUCUUGCUCAACGGAUUUCUCAUUAGGAUACAGCACAAGGACUCAGGAAACAGGUAUAUACGCUUAGAGGGAUGAGACGGUUCUAAAGGAGACUUCUGAAUCAAAACAGGCCACAAGAAUUACGCUCAACAAAUGGAUGAUCUGGAUGAUAACAUUUCAUCUACUGGUUUUGAGCCACUCUUCAUCAAAGAAGAGGAAGGUGAUCCAGACAGAACCACCAUGGAUCAAAAAGAGUGCAACACAAACCUAUCAGGACUCACAUUUACAGAACAACAGCUUAAACAAUCUGCUUUACUGAAGCCAUACCUGCAGGAGAUGGAUGACUUACUGAAAAGCUGUGAGGAGCUCACAGGUUUCCCCUUUGGCUCUCACUUCUCAGAAAGUUAUGCAGAAACAAAUCUAAGGGAAUCGAGUCACAGUCUGGGCAGAGAGGACGUUAGAAUGGAAAGCUAUGGAGAAACAUGUCCAUCUCCCCAAUCCUAUCUUUCCACCACCUACAUUGACACACAUAUGGACGGAGCUGGAACAGACGACCAGCCAGCACAAAGUCAGUCACAAAGCAUGAGCGCCAUCAUCAACCAGCGUGGAGGGACCACAGAAGUCUCUCGCCAGACCAACAUGCCUCUUACCUCAGCAGGCAACAAACUGAGUGAAACCAUGGUGGAGUACGAAGGACAGCUGUUGGGGAUGUUGGCCAUGCUGGAGAACUGUAUGGAAGAGACUGGCAUGGAUUUUGAGCCCCAAGACUGGGUUACAGAUGAAAGCCAAGAAUACGUACAGAUCAGUAAGAAUCCUCAUGUUUAUAAGGGUACACAGGUGCCCAUUCAACAGGAGAGACCACUGAAGCUGGAGACCAACCCAAUGCAAUUACAAAUGUGGCCUGGUGAACAUGUGGAAGGAGAUACAGUUUCCAAAGAGAGCGAGAACAGAAUGACAGUAGGUUCAGCAACAAAUGGAAGUGCACAAAAUCCCUUACCUGGUUAUGAAAACAUGGGGGGAUUCUCAGUGGAGAGAUUCAAAUUUCCAAGACCAGCAAUGACUUUUGACACAAUCGAAGAUCCAAUGUGCUGUGAGGGGAUGAAGACAGGUUAUGUGUUUAAUGAAGGCACAGAAACAAAAGGAGACGUAACUGCAAUUGAAGUAGAUGACAUUGAAUUGUCAGCUGAAGACAGACAUGAAGUCAAGAUGGACACUACUGAUGUGGGAUCUGAUGUGAAUGAAUUAGGGGAACUGGGGAGCCGGAUGGAGGCCUGCAUAGAGGAGGUGGAAUGGUUAGAAAAAAGGAGGAAGGAGCUGCUGAAGGAAGUGCUGCAACUGAGAGGGCAAAACCAAGAGAAAGGAGAAGGAAGGAGUGAGGAGGAAGAAGGGACAGAAGAGAGGAUUGAUAUCAAAGUGGCAGAACUGAUGAAGAUACUGAAGAAGGAAGAAAAUGGUAGAAGGGAGGAGAGGAAGAAGGAGAUACAGAGCCUCAAGGAGGAGAGGGCAGAGGAGGAGAGGAGGACGUGGAAGGUGAAUGUGGAGAGACAGGGGCUGCAGGAGGAGCUCAGGAGGCUGAGGAGGAAGCUGUUUGCAAUGGCCAGGAACUGUGCCCAGAGUAAGGCAGCCCUGAACAACCAGCGCCGUGAGAUGGAGCUGCUCAAAAGAGAAGAGGAGAAGCUGAACUCCUUGGUGCUCCAGCUGACAGAGGAGGGCUGCCAGCUCAAAUCAGCCCAGAAACAGCAGCUCUUAGAGCUACAAGCAAAGGUUCAAGCCCAGAGCUCCUUGCUGACCUCAAACACCCAGGAGGAGUUGACUGAGUGCAGGAGGCAUUCAUGCGGGGACAUCCAGCAGUAUGUGCAGGGUGGGCUGAAAGCACUGGAAGAGAGGUAUGAACCCAUUUUGCUGGCAUUGCUGAAGAGGAGAGAGGCAACCGCUGGUGCACUGGUGAAAGCCAAAGAGCAGGCUCAGGAGCUGAAGGCCCAGCUGGGACCUUUCAGGGAGGAAAUACAAAAACUGAAGCUGCAGAAGGCUUGUUUAGAGGAGAAACUCAAACUAAUCCACAUACAGAGAAGAGAGGAUGUGGGACAGUACAAGGAGACAGUGCAUUUUCUGGAGGAGAGGAGCAGAGAGCUGAAGAUGGAGUUAAAGACUCAGAAGAGAAACACCAACGAGAUGGAGGAGUUGAAAGACAGACUUAACAAGAAACUCCUGCUUUACAGGGCUGCCAUUGAGGACCACAAGUGUGACCAGGAGGAGAAAACAUGAUUUUAUGUUCUUGACUUUUUUUUCUGAAGAAAGAAAAAAAAGCUUUUAUAAAGUUUUAUUUUUUAUCUGCAACACAGUGAACUUUAUUGCACUUCACACAUAUAGACACAUGAUAUUGUUAGCGUGUCAAAACGGAGAUUGACAACUGUUUUUGGAAGUCUGUAUAGAUGAAGUAGAUUGCAGCUUGUAGAGACUUUUGUUAUGAAUAAAGGUCAAGCGCACUCUGA